CUUGCGGUUGCGUGUGAGCGUCGUCACCUGCAAGGAAACCAAGAAUUACGGAUGAAGAAACAUUGUGUCGGCUUUUAUUCACCCUGCCUCAACGAUUGGCACCCGAACACCUUACGAUAGAUAGUUAAAAUAAAUAAACGCUAAAAUAUAUUUCUGUAGCCUUAACCUGGCCUUUGUCGUAGGUCUCGUGAGCUUCAUAUGGCUUUUUAUCAGCGGGACGCAUUUAGGAGAAUAGUGAGAUAAUCGCAGCGGUCAGAAAUGGCAGUAAGAACAUCAGAGCCGAUCUGUCAGCCGUGCGUUUAUCACGAAGCAUUCAAAGUGGAGCUACAGGUGAAGAGACCUCUGAUGCCUGUCCAGCUGAGUCCAGAGCAGGUGGGCCUGGAGAUGUUGUGUCUUUGUGGGCAGCUGGACCUCCUCAUCAGGGCGCAGAUGCAGCAGUUCCAGGAGCAGUUAGGACAAGGCUGUAGCCCAGAGGAGUCAGACACUUUCCAGGCUCAAGGAUCAGAGAUUCUUGACCAGAUGCUGCAGUGCCUUGAACAUCUACCAAAGCCUAUGCCACAGCUGGAGGACUACCUGGACAUGGUGGGUCUAUCAGCAAUGUUUCCUCGUGUAGAGGUGUUCCUUAUCCAAGGCAGCCCAGUGGACAUGCUGGAGAGGCCGCUGAUGGACGAAUAUUUCUUCCACAUUGCCAAACUGAACCAGCUCCUGGUGCUGAGUCAACAGCUAGAAGAAGAUAUCAGGCACCUUGGGAGUCAUAAAUACAUCGCCCACCAGCUCUCUGUUAUAUAUCAAGUCACCAGCUCUUUUAGAGGGAUUCAGGCUUUCUCUGAGAUAAAGAAAGACAUCGAGGCCAACUUCAAACAGAUGAAACAGUGUCUAGCGGUAGAGGAAGGCUCCAGGCAUGAACCUCAGCUGGCUGCUCACUACAUCAACUGGAUAUUAGAAAUAACUCAAAGCAUAACAACAGAGGUGCUAUCACUACCGGAGGAGCUGACCGAAGACCUUCACCAGGUCGUGACCUUCGUGUCACAGUUCCUGUCCUGACUCACAUGGACCAACGCCUCUGUAUCUAUGAAUCCUGACGCACCAGGUUUCUCCAGGCAGUGACUUCUGCUUCUAAACGAACUGACGUUAUUAUUACUAUGAAAAGGUGCUACACAAUUUGAUUUAACUGAUUGAUGGUGGGAUUUUGGAUAGCUUACUUCAUUUACAGAUCACGUAGGUUUUUAUGUUGUUCUCCUGGAUGUGGCCCAUAUUAGUCCCCAUGGUGAGUCAGUUGUUUGGAAAUGAAUGUAAGCUUGUUGAAUCCCUCCUUGCA